AUGGCUUUCGGUCAACAGAUCAAUAAUUUACAGGAUUCCUUCGAGGCUGCUUUGAACUUAUCCAGUUCUCCAGGUGCAGUUUCCACCUCUCCAACUCAAUCCUUUAUGAACACAUUGCCACACAGAAUCAAUGCUGCAAAGCAACAGAAGGCUUUGAAGCCAUUCUCUACGGGUGACAUCAAGAUCCUUCUUUUGGAGAAUGUUAACCAAACAGCUAUUGAGAUUUUCAACAAGCAAGGUUAUCAAGUCGAAUUCCACAAAUCCUCUUUACCAGAAGCCGAAUUGAUUGAGAAGAUCAAGGAUGUCCACGCCAUUGGUAUCAGAUCCAAAACUAAGUUGACACCGGAAAUUUUGAAACACGCUAAGAAUUUGGUUGUCAUUGGUUGUUUCUGUAUUGGUACUAACCAAGUUGACCUUGACUUCGCUGCCAAGCAUGGUAUUGCUGUUUUCAACUCUCCAUUUUCCAACUCCAGAUCUGUUGCCGAACUAGUUAUUGCAGAAAUCAUUACCCUAGCUAGACAAUUAGGUGACAGAUCUAUUGAAUUACACACCGGUACUUGGAACAAGGUUUCUGCUGCCUGUUGGGAAGUAAGAGGUAAGACUUUGGGUAUCAUCGGUUACGGUCAUAUUGGUUCUCAAUUAUCUGUUUUGGCUGAAGCUCUUGGUAUGAACGUUCUCUACUAUGAUAUUGUCACUAUUAUGAGUUUGGGUACUGCUAAGCAGGUUUCUACUUUGAAUGAAUUGUUGAACAAUUCUGACUUUGUGACUUGUCAUGUUCCAGCUACUCCAGAAACUAAAAACUUAUUGUCUGGUCCUCAAUUUGCUGCUAUGAAGGAUGGCUCAUACGUUAUCAACGCAUCUAGAGGGACUGUGGUUGAUAUUCCUGCUUUGAUUCAAGCAAUGAGAGCGGGCAAGAUUGCCGGUGCCGCUUUGGAUGUGUAUCCAAAUGAACCUGCUAAGAAUGGUGCUGGUGCCUUCAGUGAUAAUUUGAACACAUGGACAACUGAUUUGGUCUCCUUACCAAAUGUUAUCUUGACUCCACACAUUGGUGGGUCUACUGAAGAAGCCCAAAGUUCUAUUGGUAUCGAAGUGGCUACUGCACUAACGAAAUACAUCAACGAAGGUAACACCGUCGGUGCCGUUAACUUCCCAGAAGUUUCAUUAAGAGCAUUAGAUCUGGAUCAAGAAAACACUGUACGUGUACUAUAUAUCCAUCAAAAUGUUCCUGGUGUUUUGAAAACUGUCAACAACAUCUUGUCCAACCACAACAUCGAAAAGCAGUUCUCUGAUUCUAACGGGGACAUCGCAUAUUUGAUGGCUGAUAUUUCAAAUGUUAACCAAAGUGAUAUCAAACAAAUAUACGAUGAGUUGAACGAAACUGACUACAAGAUUUCAAUCAGAUUACUAUAUUAA